GUCUGGCUUGGCAAUUGGCAAUGAGCUGUUGUCUUUGUGGGUGUGGUGUUUAAAACUAUCCCGGCAUGUUGCUAACCGUCAACUACUUUGGUCGGAUUAAUGCAAGCUGCUUCUCUUCAUGUCUGCAUCAACUAAAGGUCCGUCUUUGACAAAGGAAGCGGUUUUCCAAUAACCAAGCGACAACACACUAGGUAUCGACAACAGUCCAUCGUCGGAAGGGGAUCAGAACCGUGCGUAUCCAUGUCAACUGAAACAUGACGUAGUAUCUGGGUCACCACAUCGAGAAAUCGCAACGUAUUCAUGGUCGGGACACACAAGAUGAAGUCGGUAAUGUUACUUCAGCUAGCGGUGUGCGGCUUUGUAGUCAGAUGCGCUCCUGCUACCACUAGAUUCGAAAGCAUCUGGCAUGGCGGAAACAAUGAAUGCUCCAACCCGUGUGAAAAUAUCGGUGCUAACAUUUGUUCUGCACAGGGUGUGUGCGUGCGCGAUGGGUGCGGGUGGAACUGUCGCUGCUACGCAGGGUAUACCGGAAAAUUCUGCGAGGAGCGAGUGUUUUCCACGGCACGAGCUUCCACUACACACAAAAAGACCUACGAUCCCAUCGUGAAUGGAAAUAUCUUUGACAUGCUUGAUCAGACAUUAAGGGAUUCCACGACGUCGAGUACGACGGCUUCAACGACGGUUGCGGACACAACAGUGAUCAGUACAGCUACAUCUACAACUACCGCCCCUCCAAGUAUAGCACCAUCGACCAGGUCACCACCAUCGGCCUUUCCGCCAAAUAGUUCUUCUAUGUCUUCUACAGUAGCAGCGAUAGUCACCUCACGCCAAUCAUCAACACCACCGACAAUCUCGCCACCACCAACAGCAUUACUUUCAGCACCGUUAUCCAAACCAAGCAAUGUAGCCAUGACAAGUGCAUCAGCUUUUCCAACUGCAAAAACCCACAUAGGUUUAGAAAUACUCCCAGCUGAAACAGUACCGACACAAAAAUCAGUGCAUGUUUCGAGACCAAGUGCUUCAAAGGUGGCGUCACCCCAAAAGUCGCCUACUUCAGUUCUUGAAAAUAAUAUAUCAGCUUCAAGUAAACAAGAUCAAAUAAUUUCCAAAUCAGCAGAAAUCCCUAAAAAUGUGCGUGAUAAAAAUAAUACAAAACUUAAUCUAGUGUCCCCCAAAAUGCCAGGAAAGGUGGUUUUAGGAGUUAUGCAUCCUAGUUCAGUUGAUGUGGUUUUACCAAUCGAUUCGGUUCCCACGGUUGAAAAUUUGUUGGAAGCUGACCCUCAACGCAGUGUUCAAACCACUCCUAGUGGAAGUACUCAGCAGUCAAAUGUUUCAGUAGGCUUGACACAAGAAGUGAUUGCUUCAGACGUUAGUCAGGUGAUACAGCCAAGUGAUUCUACCCGCAAGGAUCACACACCGGUCCCUAGCAGUCUUGAGGUUAGCGAUGACGAUACAAACCACAGGGACAAUGGCAAACGUAAUGACAACGGUGGUGGUCUUAAUGGCUUCGUAGACACCAAUCAAAAUUUCAGUGGUGAAGAGACAACGGUUAUCAGUCAGACGGAUGGAAACCGUGUGAAUGGCCGGAACGGACAUUCAGACAACGGCAAUAUUGAAGAGAAGGGGCAGAUAAAUAAUACGUCUAAUGGAAAUGGUCAUGACACAAUUACCAAUAGUAUACCUGUUGCGAACAGAAGUGAAAAUAUUAAAGCUGAUAACGGUAAUGAAAUCAAUAGCACCAAUGGGCAAACUGCUGUUCGAAUGAUCACCACUAGGGAUAGUGGUACAAAUAGAACGAGUGAUAACGGCAAUGGCGAAAAACCUGGAACCAAUGAUAAUGGUAAUGGCGAAAAACGUGGAGCCAAUGAUAAUGGCCAUGGCGAAAAACCUGGAACCAAUGAUAAUGGCCAUGGCGAAAAACUUGGAACCAAUGAUAAUGGUACUAGUGGUAAAAAUAGAACCAGUGAUAAUGGUAAUGGCGAAAAACGUGGAGCCAACGAUAAUGGUACUGGGGGUAAACGUGGGACUAGCGAUGUCAACCACAAAGAAGUCUUUGUUCAAACAAGUAAUCCUGGCGACAAUGGUAACAAACAAAACGGCGACAGUGGUAACCAACAAAACGGCGUCAGUGGUAACAGAACGAAUACCGGUAAUGGUGAUAGGAACAAUGGUGGAGACAGUGGAUCUAAUAUCAAAGAUAUACAAAUAAACGGAGUUCAAAGGGGUAUUUCUGGUCAGGUUAUCAAUGUAACAAAAGACAGCAUCCGUACUAACCGCAAUGACAAUGGUGAUAACGGCUACAGCAGUAGUGGAAACAAGCACUCAAAUGGGCAUCAAUCUCCAGAUAAUGGGUUAGGUGAACAUAUAAACAGUUCAAACAAAAGUAAUUCUGACACAGGAUUGAAAGACGUCAGCAAAACCGUAUAUUCCGAUAAUAAUCUACCCAGUAAUAACUCUGAUAAAAGAAGCAGUGGCAUCAUCAAUGGUGUUAGUUCGAGUGAUAAUGGACAUGGUGAAACGAACACAACUGCAUCAAUGCAUGACAGCGAUGUUGCCAGUGUUAAAAGCACCGGUCAAUCAAACAAUAACACUCCACCACAGGGUAACACAAACAGUAGUAGAGCGAGUGUCAGUAACACCAAGGGACAAAUGCAGGACAACACGAGGAACAGUGGCGGUGCGGAAAGUCAAAGUGACAAUAUACCUGCUGUUGGGGAUAACGGCUCAGGCAGCAGUAAUGGAAGGAGUGGAAAAACAGUUGACAAUAGCAAUGGACUGAAUUCUAACAGACAUUUAGAUAACGGUAAGCGAGAUCGCGGAAACGCGCAUACUACCAGCGACAACGGUGGAGACUGAUACAGUUGGCAUUAAAUAUCAUUUGCAUCUUA